UCUGCGCCACCUCCAGCUCCACCCGCUCGCGCCGCCUGCAGCCCAGAUGCUCCUCAGCACGCUGCUUCUCUGCGCAGCGCUGGCGCUCACCAGUGCAGCAAAUCCUUGCUGUUCCAACCCAUGUCAAAACCGAGGUGUGUGUAUGAGUACAGGAUUUGACCGGUAUAAGUGUGACUGUACCCGAACAGGAUUUUAUGGCGAAAAUUGUUCAACACCUGAAUUAAUGACAAGAAUAAAAUUAUUGCUGAAACCUACUCCAAAUACAGUGCACUACAUACUCACCCACUUCAAGGGUUUCUGGAACAUAGUCAAUAACAUUCCCUUCCUGCGGAACACAAUUAUGAAAUACGUGUUGACAUCCAGAUCACACUUGGUUGAGAGCCCACCAACUUAUAACAUGCACUAUGGCUACAAAAGUUGGGAGGCCUUUUCUAACCUCUCCUAUUAUACCAGAGCCCUUCCUCCUGUACCUGAUGACUGUCCGACUCCCAUGGGCGUAAAGGGAAAGAAAAAGCUUCCUGAUUCAAAAGAAAUUGUGGACAAGUUUCUUCUAAGAAGAAAGUUCAUCCCUGAUCCACAGGGCACAAAUAUGAUGUUUACAUUCUUUGCUCAGCACUUCACCCACCAGUUUUUCAAGACAGAUCAUAAGCGAGGACCAGCUUUCACCAAAGGACUGGGCCAUGGGGUGGACUUAAAUCAUGUUUACGGUGAAACUUUGGACAGACAGCAUAAAUUACGCCUUUUCAAGGAUGGAAAAAUGAAAUAUCAGAUAAUUGAUGGAGAAGUGUAUCCUCCUACAGUCAAAGACACUCAGGUCUCCAUGAUCUACCCACCUCAAGUCCCUGAACACCUGCGCUUUGCUGUGGGGCAGGAGGUCUUUGGCAUGGUGCCUGGCCUGAUGAUGUAUGCCACCAUCUGGCUGCGGGAACAUAACAGAGUGUGUGAUGUGCUGAAACAGGAACAUCCAGAAUGGGGCGAUGAGCAGUUAUUCCAGACAAGCAGGCUAAUACUGAUAGGUGAAACUAUUAAGAUUGUAAUUGAAGACUAUGUCCAGCACUUGAGUGGCUAUAACUUCAAGCUCAAAUUUGAUCCAGAACUGCUUUUCAACCAACAAUUCCAGUACCAAAACCGCAUUGCUGCUGAGUUCAACACCCUCUACCACUGGCAUCCUCUUCUUCCUGACGCCUUUCAAAUUAAUGAAAAAGAGUACAACUAUCAACAGUUUCUGUACAACAACUCUAUCUUACUAGAACAUGGUCUUACCCAGUUUGUUGAAUCAUUCAGCAGGCAAAUUGCUGGCAGGGUUGCUGGUGGUAGGAAUCUUUCACCUGCAGUACAGAAAGUAGCACAGGCCUCAAUUGACCAGAGCAGACAGAUGAAAUACCAGUCUUUUAAUGAAUAUCGCAAGCGCUUUAUGCUACAGCCCUACAAAUCAUUUGAAGAACUUACAGGAGAGAAGGAAAUGGCUGCGGAGUUAGAAGCAGCUUAUGGUGACAUCGACGCUAUGGAACUGUAUCCUGCUCUUCUGGUAGAAAAGCCGCGUCCAGACGCCAUCUUUGGUGAAACAAUGGUAGAACUUGGAGCACCAUUCUCUUUGAAAGGACUUAUGGGUAAUCCUAUCUGCUCUCCUGAGUACUGGAAGCCCAGUACUUUUGGUGGGGAAGUAGGUUUUAAGAUCAUCAACACUGCCUCCAUCCAGUCCCUCAUCUGCCAUAACGUGAAGGGCUGUCCUUUUACCUCAUUCAGUGUUCAAGAUCCACAGCUCACCAAAACAGUCACCAUUAAUGCAAGUUCUUCUCAUUCUGGACUUGAUGACAUCAACCCAACAGUACUACUAAAAGAACGUUCAACGGAAUUAUAGAAGUCUAUUCAUAUUUAUUUAUUUAUAUGAACUAUUUCUGUUGACUUAAUUAUUUAAUAUUUAUAUUAAACU